CUAAAGAGCAGUGACACAGGCGUUUCAUUCAGAGCUGGGUCAAAGAAGGAGCUCAAUUAGCGAAUGCCAAGCACAGUGGGACACGAUCCAGCAGUGAGGAGGGCCUCGUAGGAGAAAAACUGAAAAUGGACAGUUUUUCUGUCUCAAAAAGGAAGAUGAUGGAAGACAAAGGACCUCGUGUCGCUGACUACUUUGUGGUUGCGGGGCUCACUGAUUCAUCAAAACCACUUGAGGAAGAAAUCCACUUCAAUGAUGCCUGCCAUAAAACUGCUAAACCAAAGGAACCCAUCACAGAUGUGACCGUGAUAAUUCGGUCUUUGGGGGAAGAGGUACCUCAAGGAUAUGUAUGUAUGGACACUACCCCAACUGGACUUUCUGCUGACCUCAAUAAUGGAAGUCUCAGAGGACCGCAAAUAUAUUUAUGUUACAGGAGAGGAAGAGACAAGCCACCCCUCACAGAUCUAGGAGUAUUAUAUGAGUGGAAAGAAAGAUUAAAACAGGGUUGUCAGAUUAUCCAAAGUACUCCGCAUGGACGUCCUGCCAAUAUAAGUGGAAGCACAUCCUCUCAAAGAGCAUACAUCACCUAUCGCAGAGCUUCUGAGAACAUGACACAGAACUCCUUAGCUGUUACUGAUAUCUGUAUAAUUAUACCAAGCAAAGGAGAAACCCCUCCACACACUUUCUGUAAAGUGGAAAAGAAUCUUAACAGCAGCAUGUGGGGCUCAGCUGUGUACCUCUGUUACAAAAAAUCAGUUGCAAAAAACAACGCAGUGUCCUACAAAGCAGGUUUAAUAUGUAGGUAUCCUGAAGAAGACUAUGAAUCAUUCCCUUUGCCAGAAUCUGUGCCUCUCUUCUGUCUGCCCAUGGGGGCAACUAUUGAAUGUUGGCCAUCUAAAAGUAACUACCCACUGCCAGUGUUUUCUACUUUUGUGUUAACUGGAGCAUCAGCUGAAAAGGUGUAUGGAGCUGCUAUUCAGUUUUACGAGCCAUACGCUCAGGAUCAGCUGACUGAAAAACAAAGAGGACAUAUGGGAUUGAAAAUCAACACCGAAGGAAAGAUUGAUUCCUCAAAAACUAUCCACGUUAACAAGUGCAUAUGUCUCCUGUCACACUGGCCUUUUUUCGAUGCAUUCAAGAAAUUUCUUACUUUCCUUUACCGUUAUUCUAUAUCUGGACCACAUGUGCUACCGAUAGAGAAGCACAUCUCCCACUUCAUGCACAAAGUCCCCUUUCCUUCUCCUCAGAGACCACGUAUUUUAGUUCAGCUGUCCCCUCAUGAUACCCUCAUCCUAAGCCAGCCUGUGUCAUCACCACUUCCACUGAGUGGAGGUAAAUUUUCUACGCUGCUGCAGAAUUUAGGCCCUGAAAAUGCCGUGACCUUGCUGGUCUUUGCAGUCACCGAACACAAGAUUCUGAUCCACUCCUUGCGGCCUUCAGUUCUCACAAGUGUAACAGAAGCUUUAGUCUCUAUGAUCUUUCCUUUCCACUGGCCUUGUCCAUAUAUUCCCCUUUGCCCUCUGGCCCUGGCAGAUGUGUUGAGUGCCCCAUGUCCCUUCAUUGUGGGCAUUGAUUCUCGUUACUUUGAUCUGUACGAUCCCCCACCGGAUGUGAGCUGCAUUGACCUAGAUACCAACACUAUCUCACAAACAGAAUGCAAGAGAAAUAUAACCUGGAAAAUACUGCCUAAGAAAGCUUGCAAGAACCUGCUAAACACCCUGAGUAACUUAUAUCAACAAAUGGCUGAAUUGCAGCAUAGACCUCGAGAAGAUGCUUUGAUGGAACUCGCAAUGAAUGACUAUGACUUUAAUUCUGGGAAAAAACUACAUCAACUGGACAUGGAGAUCCAGGAAGCAUUUCUGUGCUUUAUGGCCUCCAUAUUAAAAGGAUACAGGACCUAUCUGCGGCCAAUCACUCAGGCACCUUCAGAGACUGCCACAGAUGCCAGUUCUCUUUUUGAGUUGCAAGGUUUCUUAAAAAGUCGUGACCGUUCACAUCACAAAUUCUACAAUAUGAUGACCAAGACUCAAAUGUUUAUCCGCUUCAUUGAGGAGUGCUCAUUUGUCAGUGACAAGGAUGCCAGUCUUGCUUUUUUUGAUGACUGUGUUGAAAAACUGUUCUCAGAACGGAAUAAUGCAGACAAAGUUGUCAAGGUAGAUGUGGACAGGCCAGGCGAAAUGCGCCUUAUUGAACUGGAUGAAUCCCACAGAAGCGAGCACACUGUUUUCAUCACACCGCCUGAAAUCCCUCAGUUACCAAAUGGGGAAGAACACCCUCUUAAGUACAGCUACAAUGGGUUCCCUGUUCUCACCAUGAAUCUUUUUGAUACUCCGGAUGGGCUCUUGAAAAUCCAUAAAUUGUCAUCUAAGAUCACUGCUCCCUCAAGUCCAUCUCCAAUGUUCAGACGGACUAAGCAGGAAAUUCGUUCAGCACAUAAAAUAGCCAAACAGUACUCCUCAAUUCCCCAGAUGUGGUCCAGAUGUCUGUUAAGGCACUGCUAUGGUCUGUGGUUUAUCUGCCUCCCUGCCUAUGUGAAGAUCUGCCAUUCCAAAGUGCGAGCUCUACGCACAGCUUAUGAUGUGCUCCGCAAAAUGCAUGUCAAAAAUAUUGACUCUCCUGAUGAGGUUUGCUAUCGUGCACUGAUGCAACUUUGUGGUCAGUAUGGGCAGCCUGUACUUGCUGUUAAAGUUCUGUUUGAAAUGAAGAAAGCUGGAGUACAGCCAAAUGCUAUCACAUAUGGAUACUAUAACAAGGCUGUUCUGGAAAGUGUAUGGCCCUCUGGGAAUAGAGGGGGGUACUUCCUGUGGAUAAAGGUCAGGAAUGUGAUACUUGGUGUAGCCCAAUUUAAAAGAGCUUUGAAGAAGCAACAGGCCUCAAUUCCACAGGCUGCUCCCUCAGACAGCAGUGAUCUGGACGCAGUAAGCCAUGGCAGUAUGGAUAGUUCUAUUGAUAUGAACCCCACAGAGCAGCCUCCGUUUAACUCAGAUGUAAGCAGUUCGGACCCUGCAGAUGAUAGAUCUAGUACAGGUGGGCAGUCUGAUCUUGGGUACAGCUCCUUAUCUAAAGAAGAAGUACGGAGAGGAGCUGUGAAUGACAUUCAAGAAGAAAAGGAAGACUCUUCUCGGGAGAGUGACUCCAGCUCAUUAUCUGGAUCAGAGAGUUCCAAGGAAAGUCGAGAUUGCCUCCCCCAGCAACCCAUUGAUAUGCCACAAACUCCAAAAUCCACAUGCAGUAUAGUGCGUAAAGAAGGCACAACCAGCACUUUGUCAAAUUCAGUCAGCAAUGUCAGCUCUGCAGGUCUCCUGUUUGGACAAUCUUUGGCUGAUGCCAGUGAAAGUGAGAUGCUUCAAAGCUGGAGCUUACGAAAGAGGCACAAGAGUGCUAUGGAACCAGGUUAUAAAACUCCUUUUAGCUGGGAGAACAAAGAUAGGCACUUGAGUGGAGGAACUCUCGCUGGCUUUUUGAUCAACGGGCCUGCCCAGGAAGCAAACACUGGAGAUCUAGUGAAUAAACUUGGGGCAGAUGCUAAAAUCCUCAGUGGAGUCUUUAAAAAAGGCAUAGAACGACCCAAUACUCUAGACAUUAAAACACUCACUACUAGGAUGGAAAGUACUGUUGUGGAGAAGGAGUGGAGUGAUGAUGAGUCUCCACUGGAAGGAGAGGGUUUUACAGAUAAAGCAGAUUCUCCUGUCAUUUUUGAUCUUGAAGAUUUGGACAAUGAAGAGGAAACAAAGCCAGUAAAAUCAAAUGUUCAAAAUCUGAAACCUAGGGAGCGGAGGAUCAGUACAUGCUCUUCUUCAUCUACAUUUGUGAACAAGCUUGUGGAAAAGACAGAUGUGAAAGUGGGCUUAGACCCUUUGUCACUGAUGGCAGCAGAGACUUGUCAAGUAGAAGAUGAGGAAGAGGAGGUGGAAGACAAUAAAAGUCUUCUAACACCUUCUGCUAAACGGGACCUUGCAGAGGAGAUAGAGAUGUAUAUGAAUAACAUGAGCAGCCCACUGAGCAGUCGAGCACCCAGCAUGGAUUUACAGAGGACCACAUCUGAUCAGUACAAAAGUUCCAAAGCUAUUCCACUCUGUAGGCGCUCAAGCCUCCCACCAACCUCCCCACAUGCUCCGCGACUGACAAAAUCAAAGACUUACCACACGACACGUGAGGAUAGACAUCGUGUCAGACUCUGGUCUUCUCCCACCUUUUCUGCUGCCAGCCCUCAGAAAGAGCAGCCUUCAGACUCUUCACUUGCCCUUAUGUCCCCAACAUCAUUUAACUUGGACACACUUCUGACACCCAAAUUAGACGUUUUUAAGAGCAGUAUGUUCUCUGCUGGCAAAGGAGUAGCUGAAAAGGCCAGCAAAUGGUAUUCUAGACUUGCCAGCUAUGGAGGCUCUGUUAAGGAUCAGAAUUCUGACAGAGCAAGCCUGUCUUCUGGUGGUGCUGUAGAUACUGAAUCCAACUCUUUAAAUGAAGAGGACUUUGAAGGAGUAACCUCUCCACAUCAGAAUGAUCUCAUCACUGUCGCUAAUACAGUUGGAGUUAGCCAUAGCAGCCUUGAAAGUAACACUUCUCAAGAUGGCUCUUCCAAGCUUCUCUACCACAGUGGUUCCCCUUCCAGAGUGUCCGUAAAUUACAAGUCUGAGCUUCUUUCAUCCUGCAAUUCCAGCAGUACAAGUGUCUUCCAGAACUACGCUAUGGAGGUACUAAUAUCAAGUUGCUCACGUUGUCUGACAUGUGACUGUCUUGUUCAUGAUGAAGAGAUCAUGGCCGGUUGGACUGCAGAUGACUCAAACCUCAACACUAUAUGUCCUUUUUGCGGCAAUUCUUUUUUACCAUUCUUAAAUGUUGAAAUCCGAGAUUUGCGUCGCCCUGGAAGGUAUUUCCUGAAGGCCAGUCCUUCUUCGGAAAGUAUGCAGCAUUCUUCAAGAUCUUCAUCCAAAAGACCGCAAUCUGCAAUUCUGACCCCUGAUUAUACCCAUAUUCCAUACAAAGCAAAUGAUUUUAGUGCCUGCAGUAAGACCAAGCCAGGGGAAUCACAUGCUCAUGUGAUUGAGAUCCCAGGUGGGAAGAGAACAAAAGAUCAUGGCGAGGCAGCUUGUCCCAGUCUCCCAAUAACCAGGAGCAUAAGUAUAUUAAGCCCGCUGGAUGAGACGCAAUCUCGCAAACAAAAUCAUGUUGUAUCUACUGGAAGCCUCCCUACCAAAUUUCAGGCAGCCCCGGACUCGUUGGAUCUGGAAUGGAGAGUGGCACACCCUGAUCCAAUCACGGUACCUUACCUCAGUCCUCUGGUGGUCUGGAAAGAACUCGAGAGCUUACUAGAGAAUGAAGGAGACCCAUCCAUCACAGUCCCUGGUUUUGUAGAUCACCAUCCCAUAGUGUUUUGGAAUCUGGUGUGGUAUUUUAGGAGACUCGAUCUUCCUAGCAACCUCCCUGGAUUAAUUCUCUCCUCAGAACAUUGCAACAAAAAUUCAAAGAUUCCACGGAGCUGUAUGUCAGAGGACAGUAAACAUGUCCUCGUACAGGUCCUGUGGGACAACCUAAAGCUGCACCAGGACCUAGGGCAGCCCCUGUACAUCUUGUGGAACAUGACAAGUCGAAACCGCACUGUUGUAUUGGAGACCCAGGAACAUCCUCUGGCAGUCACAGAACUAAAAGAGGAAAAAGAGGUAUUUGACCAAGAAUUUCUCAAAGGUCUCGUUAGGAGCAUUAAGAACAACCAUGUGUAUGGUCCCAUGAGUCAGAUUCUGGAGUUCAUGCAGGAGACCCCAAGCAAUAAACGACAAAGGAGUUUGUACAGAGAGAUACUUUUCCUUUCUUUGGUUGCCUUGGGAAGAGAGAAUAUUGAUAUUGAUGUGUUUGACCGGGAAUACAAAAGUGCUUACGAUCGCCUCACUCCUGAUCAGGUGAUGUGUACACAGAUCUGUGACCGUCCCCCAAGUACUGGAGUCACUGAAUGCAGGAAAACAUUUGGGCAUCCAUUUCUUUGAGCUUGACUUAAAUAAUGGUAUAGAUUUAAAUAGCUUCAUUGGUCUGUUACCAUUUCAGUUUGAAGGAGGGUGAUCUCACAUGGAUAUAACUUCCAGCUCAAUGCACCUUUCUGUAUGUUGAGUAGAAAUACAGAAGGUGGAACAAGCAAUAUGAAAGAUUUUGAGCCUCUAAGCGUCAGACAUGGAAACUCUGAAAAAUUGAAUAUUUCAAUGAUUAAAGGGCCCUCCUCUCUCUUAUCCUCUCCCUUCUCGGAGAUCCUUAGAUACAAAGAGCAAUGGUGAAGAAAUGUUCUACGUCAUUCCGAGUGUUGUAGUUUACACAGAAUAUUUAUAUUUAAUGUUUAAAAAUAUUGGUGUAAAAUAGAGGCAUAAAUAAGCCUAGUCCUUGUUGUUUAUUUUAUUUUUAUUUACAACAGAUUUAGUGAACAAUGAACUGUUUUAUGGGCAAUAUGUCUCUGUGCCUGGAGUCUGGCACUGUUUUGUUUUUAUGACUGUAAUCAUCUCUUAAUUUAUUAUGUCUUAACAUCCCUCUUCUAUUGGGACCGAUGCAGGAGUUUUCUGAACUAUGCUGUUUUUACUGUUAUUAUACAGGUUUUUAUUUUAAUUUUGGGGGGGGUUUGUUCUUUUUUAGUCUCGCAAUAUAUAGAAAUCCUUGUUCAUUUUUUUCAUUUAUUUCCAUUAAAAAUAAACUGAUUCUGUCCAUAUAGGAUCAGCAAUAAAUACACUAUCCUAAUAUUGUGUAGACCACUGCAGGUUUGCAUUGUAAAUCAUUAGUAGUACGGUCUAACAUUGAGUUAGUAAAUGGGCAAGAGCCUAGCUAUGAUAGAGACAUUUCUCUGGAGCUAUAAUAUUUCAAAUACCUUGGUUUACAUUACUCUGGCACUCUUUGCUUGCAAUUUCAGUCAUUCUUCCCAUACUCUAUCUACCUUACCCAACCUUCUUGUUGUUUAGUACCUGUUAAUAUGUGCAAUAUAGUAUGUUGCAAGUUCUUAUGGUACUUAGCACUCUCUUGGUAUUUUACUGCAAAACGAACGGUACGUUAAAUCCUCUAUCUCAAUGCAAAAUGAACGGUACAUUUUGAGUUGUAGCUGUCAAGAACAAGGUGUAGGAUUUAGAGAGGGACAAGAACAAACAUUGAAUAUUUUUAGUGGAUUUUUGUUUUUAUAGCUUAAUAUUGUCCAUAGAUUUCAAGUGAAAAUUAAUUUUAUCUUAACAUUAUUCUAUGCACGAGCUAUUGCAAACAAACUCUCAACUCGUCUAUGCAUGUUGCUCUCCUUUCUCACAGUAAAAAAACCUGCAGUUUAUGAUAUGCUGGUUGCUGAGUAACUUGCAUAUCUUUAUCAUCCAUUAAAACUUAACCUGCUCUAUAUUUGAUACAGAGUACAUCAAAGUCUCUGUCUACCCUUAAUAAUAUAUUUAUAGUAUGCUCCAGGCAUGGUAUAAGCAGAUACAGCUGUCCCUGUCAGUGGUAACUAUUAAUAUAUAUAUUUCAUCCAUGUAUAUCAUAGCUUCAUACUGUAAUCAUGGUAUUUAUACUGCAUUACAACUUUAUUUUAACGCAUGUUCAUUUUUACUAUUGCACUUCUAAAUAAUGCUGUUACAUUCCUAUGAGCGAGCCGGCUAGGUACUUCAUGUGAAGUCUAGUAGCUGUAUAUACAGAUAACGCUGUUCGACCUGUACAGUGCAUUUCAAUGUGCUGGGUCAGGGAUAGAUACACAUAUGGUUGUACAGCACCUGUUCUUCCCACUGGAUGAACUGGAAAGAGAAUUUAUUUGCUUAGCUACUAAAAUAAUUCCAAAGAAAGGCGUGUAAACAUUUACUCCUAAGACCAAACGUUUUUAUGGAACUCUGCAGUAAGGCGGUACUGUCCUGUGCUGUACAUUGUGUAGAUUUGUAACAUUUCAAAAGUAAUUUACUCAGAAAAAAAUGGAUUUAUGAUAGAAUUCCCGAUUACUUUUUACUUUGACAAUAAUUAAUAUUCAGGAUUUUUUUUGUGUUUAUUUUAUAAGAUUUUGAUGGGUGAGCAAAAGUUGUUUUUCUCUACUUUCAGUGGAAGGUCUGAUACAUUAUGUAAAGCAUUGUAUGGAUGGACCCCAAGGGCAGUUCAUCACAGUCCUCUCUCACCACUACUAGGUUAACCUUUUUUGCUGCCAAGUGAGCCUGCAGCACAUUGUUGUCGGGCCUUUGGACAAAGAGAUGGUUGUGUAAUUUAGAAUCACGUCUUCUAGGUCUGUAGAUAUAUUGCUAUGCCAGAUCCAACUGCGUAUCCUACAGAAUUAAUACAUAUGUGGAUAGCUUUCAGGUGACAAGCAAGAUCUUCUAACUGUGAUGAGGAUUUAACCCUCUUUGUUCCAUUACUUUUGUUUAAAUAAAUGUUAUGGAAUAGUAAAAAUG